AUGGAAAUCGAUCGCGAAAGUGACGGGCAAGGUGCUAUAUUUUCACCACGACCAAAUAAAUCGAAUCAAUUUUGCUCAGUUUUUGGUUGUAAUUCAAGAUCUAGACGCAAUCCUGAUUUAAGAUUCCACACUUUUCCUAGCGAAAAUGAAAAAAAUCGACGUACAAAAUGGAUAAAUGCACUUCGAAUUGGGAAAAAAGUUUCCAAACACAUGGUAGUUUGUUCAUUGCAUUUCAAACGUGAUGAUUAUUUUUUACCAGAUACUCAUUCGACUAAACGAUAUUUGAAAAAAAUUGCAGUUCCCACUUGCAAUUUACCCAAAUCAACUAUUUUAAAACAAAUUUGUUUUACAAAAUCGGCACAAGCUGAAGCAAGGAAAAGAAGAACUAUAAAAAGGGCAACUCAAGUUGUUAAAAGAAUUGAUUUUUCAUCUGAAGAAAGUAAACUAGUACUUUUCAACCAGAAACAAAUGAUGUAUCAAUACAGUCAACUAGUACCUUACCGUAAACUCCAAACUUUUUCUUUGGAAAAAAGAGUUGUUAUGACACUUAUGAAGCUCAAACAAAACAUGUCUUAUUCUGUACUUGCAAUACUUUUUAACUGUACCAAUUGUAAACGAAUUAUAUUUAAUACAAUUGAUAUGUUAUCUAUUAUACUAAAAUCCAUGAUUCCAUGGCCCUCUAGAAAUGAAAUGAAUUCUAAUAUGCCUUUAUGUUUUAAACAUUAUUCUGAUACUAGGAUAAUUGUUGAUUGUAUAGAAAUACCGUUGAUGAAACCUAAACAUUUAUCUAGUUCCAUUAUAACAUAUUCUCAGUAUAAAUCAACAUAUACUGCUAAAUUUAUGACUGGGAUUACUCCUGGAGGAAUUUUAUCCUUUAUCACUCCUGCUUAUGGUGGUCGUGCAUCAGAUAAAUUUAUAUUCGAAAAUAGUAAACUUAUUGAUAAAUUAGAAGCUGGGGAUGCAAUAAUGGCAGACAAGGGAUUUUUGAUUGAUAAUGUAUGUGCCCAACGACAUAUAAAAUUAUACCGACCACCGUUCUUAAAAGGUAAAACACAAUUAAGCAAAGACUAG